CUCUUAUUACUUUCUGCACAAGGAACACCAUUAUCAUCAACGUUCUUAGGUUCUCUGAGCUGAUCCUUCUUCUUUAGUGGUCAUCUCUAAGAUCUUUGAAUACCCUUCCUUCUAACCUGCAAGUAGGGUUACUAGUUUGGGACUUCUACUCGGAUAUCCUAUCUCAUGGAGAAACAAUCUGACAAGAAGAUUACUUGGAUGAUUAAAACUUUCUCCUCUUUGCAAUCCGAGAUAGUCCAGUCUGAUAUAGUCGUGGUGGGUCGCUGCAGAUGGCGUCUAAAGGCAUACCCCAAAGGAGAUAAUAAGGCUAAUCAUUUCUCUCUGUAUCUCGGCGUUGCUGAUUCUGAAUAUUUGCCUCUUGGAUGGAGAAGGCACGCUAAAUUUUCCCUUACUGUAGUAAAUCAGUUUACGGAAAAACUGUCCAAACUUAGAGAGAGGCAAAACUGGUUUGAUAAGACAAAUCCUGACUGGGGGUUUUCAGAAAUGAUUUCCCUUGACGAACUUCAUGACAAAGAAGGAUUUUUAGUUAAUGGAGAAGUAAAGAUUGUUGUGAAGGUUGAUGUUCUUGAAGUUCAAGGUAAAGUAGAUGUAUCAGAGGAAUCUUCACCAGUAAUGGAAACCAUAGAUGUCAAUGGGUUUCAAGUCCUUCCUUGGCAGGUAGAAUCUGUGAACCGUUUGUUUGAAAAACACCAAGAUAUUGCAUCAAAAUUUCGUCCAAAGAAUCCAUAUCUAAAAACGGCGUACAUGAAUGUCCUCCUAAGCUUAACCCAGACGAUAUGUCAUUCGCCCUUGGAAAUCUCCAAUGAUGAUUUGGAAGAGGAAUAUGCUGCUUUGUUGUAUCUGACAGCUGAGGGAUUUCAGUUGGAUUGGUUGGUGAAGAAACUUGAUGAAGUUAAGGAAAAGAAGAAGAAAGAAAAAGCUUGUUUGGCUCAGCUUCAAGAACUGGAGGAAGAACUAAAGCCAUUGAAGCGGAAGUAUUCAGAAAUGGAAGCUCAAAUGGACAAGGUGAAGGCUGAGUUGUCUGCAGCUAAAUAUCCUGUCUCCUUGUACGAUGAAGAUGUUGUCUGAAGAUUUGAGUUCUUA